CAUCCUGUUUUCCAUCUUGUUUUCCAUCUUGUUUUCCAUCCUGCUUUCCAUCCUGUUUUCCAUCUUGUUUUCCACCAGAAUCCUGCAGAGUCCAAUGGCCAUCCUGAUAUUAAUCAGUGUUUUGUUGUUGCCUGCACCAGCUGCAUCUGAGAAUGAAGUCACUGGGAUUAUAGGAGAGUCUGUUCUCCUGUCCUGUGACCUGAAAUCAUCCACGGCCAUCGACACAGCAAGACUCCGGUUCCAUUGGCAAGACGAGUCCGAAAGAGUGUUGUACUCGUUCAACAAAGGAGAAGAGAAUCAACAUCAGGAUAGUCUUUACACAAACAGAACUAAAGCCUUUGUGUCUGAGAUGAGUUCUGGGAAUAUCUCUAUCAAACUCAGCCAAGUAACACUUGAAGACAAGCAGAACGUCUACAGGGCUUUCGCUACACUGUUUGGCGAGAAUGAUAAGCAUAUCCAACCGUGUCGCACUACCCUACUUGUGGCAGCACGGUUCCCGACACCCAGUGUGACUGUGAACAAGACAAAUAUGAAUUCCACGUGUUCAACCCAGGGUGGAUACCCACAACCAAUGGUCACAUGGACCAUCCAGGACCGUGGGAACCGCACUCUGGACCCGUGGGAAGUACAGACCAACAUUACUCUGGAUUCUGAAAGUGGACUGUACAGCGUCUGGAGCCAAGUGAAUAUAACAGAAAAUCAGACGGUGACCUGCCAUAUCUUCAACCCCGUUCUGAGAGAGACUGUGAGCAACACAACCAUCGUCAGCCCCAGUAAGAGCAUUAACACUGACCCUGCAGGUGAUGUUCAGGAAGGCUUUACUCCCAUCAUUAUCACAAUAGUGAUCAUUGCAGUAUUGAUUCUGUUUUCCAUCGGGGGUUAUUUUGUGUACAAAAAACGUGUGACCAGUAUGUGCUGGCCCUAUAUCAGGUAUGGUUGAUAUCAGCUGGCCCUAUAUACAUUUUAUUCAGUAGUUAGAUGUAUUGUUA